GAUUUACAGCCAUUGGCAGGUCAAAGGCUCGAUGUCUGGGAGCGCACAUGAGCCUUCCUCUUAUUCGGUUACAUGAGCCGAAAGUCCUCUCUGGCUCAGGCUGAAACAAGCUUUAGCAACCAGAAGAAAGAAAAAUGGCGCCAAAGCGAACCAGAAACAAGGCUCCUUCCUCCGAUCCACAUGGAAUCUUUGCCGGUUUGGUGGUUUUCUUAAUCGAAAACGGCGUCCAGUCUCGCCGUUUACAGAUUUGGAAGCAAAAACUGGUGCAAAUGGGAGCUAAGAUUGAGACUCACUUGUCCAAAAAAGUGAGUCAUGUUUUUGCUAUGAGUUCAGAUGCUCUUUUUCACGAUGUCGAUAAGGAACAAUUGGCUCGCUUCGGAGGACAUGUUCUCAUGUAUCAGUGGUUGGAGGACAGCUUGGCAGCCGGGGAAAAGGUUUCUGAGGAUUUCUACGUUCUGAAAGUGGAUCUGGAAAGGGUGGGUACACCUGACAAGAAUCUGAAACUUGAACCAGCCAACGGAAAUUCUUCUAGCCAUGAGGAACAAUCGCAUUGCAAAAAGAUCAAAUCCUCACCUGAGCAUACUAAACACACUAAUGAAGGAAGGAAAGGAGAACUAGAAAUUAACACUCUAUCAGGGGCAUCGAAUACUGAACCCCACUCUCCCAGCUCCUUAUCUAGCUGUCCUGAAAUCCCUGGUACUCCAGAUAAGGAUGUUGGCACACUGUCAUCAUCUUUGCCACACAGCGUGCCAGAUUUAAACAAGGACAUUACAGAGAUAUUUGGGAAACUUAUAAACAUAUACAGAGCACUGGGUGAUGACCGCAGAUCAUUUAGCUACUACAAGGCUAUUGCAGCUGUUGAGAAGUUGCCUUUUAAAAUUGAAAGUUCAAAUCAGGUCAAAAAUCUGCCUGGAAUUGGAAAGUCAAUGCAAGAUCAUAUUCAGGAGAUAGUGACCACUGGAAAGUUAUCCAAGUUGGAGCACUUUGAAGCUGAUGAAAAGGUAAGGACAAUAAGUUUAUUUGGGGAAGUUUGGGGAAUUGGACCAGCUACAGCCCUGAAAUUAUAUGAGAAAGGACACCGCACACUAGAUGACUUAAAGAAUGAGGAUUCUCUAACAAAUGCACAAAAGCUUGGGUUGAAAUAUUUUGAUGAUAUUAAGACAAGGAUUCCACGGCAUGAGGCUCAAGAGAUGGAAUCUCUUCUACAGAAAGUUGCAGAUGAUAUCGUGCCUGGGGUGGUUGUUGUAUGUGGGGGAUCAUAUAGACGUGGAAAAGCUUCCUGUGGAGAUUUAGACAUAGUAAUCACACAUCCUGAUGGAAAAAGCCAUAAAGGUUUUCUGCAAAAAUAUGUCAAGCGUUUAAAAGAGAUGAAGUUCGUAAGAGAAGAUUUGGUUUUCAGUACCCACAGUGAGGAGGGUACUGAUUCAGGUGUUGACACAUAUUUUGGUCUUUGCACUUAUCCUGGACGAAAGCUUAGGCACCGCAUAGACUUUAAGGUAUAUCCAAGGGACAUAUAUGCAUUCGGACUAAUAGCAUGGACUGGGAAUGAUGUGCUAAAUAGAAGGUUGAGACUGCUAGCAGAAUCUAAAGGAUUCCGACUUGAUGAUACAGGGCUGUUUCCAGCUACUCAUGGUUCAGGCGGUAAACGGGGCGCAAGAGGUACCACGAGUUUGAAAUUGGAGACUGAGAAGGAGGUGUUUGAUUUUCUGGGAUUUCCAUGGCUUGAACCUUAUGAAAGGAAUUUGUGAAAAACAUAGUUGCAUGUAUUGGAGGGAAUAGUAAUUCAAACUCAAAAUCUUGAUCAAGCUAGUUUUGAAUUCAAUUCUGUAUAUUUUAGCUUAUAUUUCAAAUCUUAGUUUGUAUAUAAACGUCAUGUACCCUUAUCCUGGAAACUUUAUAUUAUUAGUAGUCUUGAAUACAACAGAAUGAUAAAAGCCUUCCGUUCAAUUUCGUUGGAUA